GAGAUGGUCGACGAUGAGGCGGCGAGGAGGAUUGGCCAAGUGGCACUGAGGUGGGCGGGAAGCUGCAGAGUCUGACUUGAGGAAGACCAGAGGCGAGUCCGGACGCGUCCUGGGUUAGACGUGGAAGUAAGAAGGCGAGACUCCCGAGUUUGAUUUGUCUUCCAAAGGGUUGUCCAGAUAGAAGAAGUUUGGACAACGCGGGUUAGUUCGUUGUCUCCGGGUUUCUCGAUCACUGAACAGUCAGUCAGUCUUCCAAUGUGCGUCAGAGGAAUUCUUCUCCUGUGUGGACUCGCAGCUUCAGCUGCCGUCGACUCCCCUGAGACAUUGGCGUCAAGACACCCGUGGACGUACACCUCCGACUAUCAGCGAUGCUACAACAGAGAUGUGUGGAUAUCCUGCAACACUCAAAGCAGAUGCAUUUCCAACGAUAAAGUCAACAAAAUCACAAAGCUGCAGCUCUGCGUAGGCAGGUCUGUGGGUACACGCCAAGUACUGACUGAAGAGAGCGUGCUGCAGGCCAGCGGGAUCCGUAUAUACACAGCAGGGGAUGUGGAGGCAGUCAAUGGGACAGAUGUUCGUCUGAAGUGUACGUUCCAGAGUUCAUCUGCCAUCAACCCCGAUGUCAUCAGCAUCUCCUGGAGCUUCAGACCUCUCAAGCCAGGCCGUGAAGAAUCGGUUUUUCACUACCAGCAGAAGCCUUACCCUCCAAUGGAGGGCAUUUUCAGGAGGCGAAUCACUUGGGCAGGUGAUGUCAUGGGCGGUGAUGCCUCCAUCAUAAUUCAACAAGUGAAGUUCACCUACAAUGGCACUUACAUGUGUCAAGUAAAGAACCCGCCAGAUGUGCAUGGCACUGUUGGAGAGAUUCGACUGCGUGUUGUCACUACAGCUUCCUUCUCUGAGCUUCUGCUGCUAGCGUUGGCCGUCGGGGGCGGGAUCGCUGUUGUGGUUCUUCUCCUAAUCAUCAUCGUGUCCUGUCGAAGAUGCAAGAGGAAGAGACAGAGGCGGGAAGGGGAAGUGGAGGCUCCUCGUAAAGCAAAAAAAGAUCCUACAGUGUGCUUGCAGUAAAGUGAAGACACUGAAAAAAUGCCCGACUGCGCUUACACACACACACACACACACACACACACACACACUUAGUCGUCAACGUUUUCAAUGUCGCAAUGUGCAUUCCACUUGUGUCAUGUUUUUCUUUUUGAAGACAUCAUCUUGUUUAGUUACACAGGUCUCCAAAACCAUUUCCUGUUUAGAGUCAACACUUUGAUGAUGUGGCGUUUGAACAAUGUUGUAUACCUGCUGUUUGCCACUACUACUAAGACAUUUCAAACAGCAACAUGCCGAUGCAGUGCAAUAAAGAUGCAAUACCUUAACAUCAACAUUAGGAGCUCUGGAACGAUACAUAAGUACAGUAAUACCUCAACUUACUAGGUCAACAUUUGAAUCAUUUGACAUCAAUUUAAAUGGUGCAUGCCCCACCCUUCUAAAACCGUACAUGUAACAUCCGUUUUGAAAUAUUGUGUAAAAAAACAAUAAAAUGUAGUACUAACAGCUAUAGUAGUUUUAUGAAGUAAUAUAAUUAAGUAUAGUAUUUACCUGGGGGAGUGGACUCCUUCGAGCUGCUUCUCUAUCAAACACACCAUCAGCAGCUUCCCAAUAUUUUCAUGGAUAAAUGUCCGCCAUUUAGAUAUUAUUUUAACAUCCUUGGCUAGCGUUAAUGAUACGCUCCAAAUGCUUUGCCAAAUUGAUGACCAUGGAGGGUCAAAUGGGACACAAUUAAAUAAAUAUUUCAAUAAUUACUUAAAGGUGUCUUUAAUUAAUUAUAAUUGGAAUCAAUUUCGUAAAUAUUUUACUAAAUGUCCUUGAUUUAUUUAAAGUAAAAGUACAUUUGAUUAUUGAAUCAUUUGAUUAUUUCAAUAAUUAAUUAAAUAAUAAAUACAAUUAUUCAUGACGCUGACACAGCUUCAUUAAAUAAAGCAUCACAUAAUGAAAUCAAUAAGUAAUAAAAAUAUUAUUCAAUAUUGAAAAACUAAUUAAAUAAGUUAAUGAUAUUUAAUAACAUGCAUAUGUAUUUCAUUAAAAUUAAUGACACAUUUAAGUCUGUUAUUUAAAUAUGUAUUUAUGCUAUAUUAUCUGACCCACCAUAGGCAGCCCAGCACUGCCAUGUUUUUGAUCAACUUCUUUUUUUAAUUCAAUAAUUACCGUAUUUCCUUGAAUUGCCGCCGGGGCGGUAAUUAAUUUAAAACAUCUUCUCACUCCUGCGCUUACCAAAGGCAUGCGGUAAAAGUAAGCUUGCGCUAAUUAUUUUAAAACCUCUUCUCACUCCGGCAUUUACCAAAGGUAUGCAGUAAAAAUUUGAGUGUGAUGUAAGCUUGGACCUUAAGUCCUACUGAAUAGCUCUUAAUCUUCUUCCCUUUAUGCGAUUUCAAAUUACCGGUAUUGAAAUCAGCCUCCUCCAUUUUGAAAAUGAUGGCAGGGGAAGUGUCACUCGUGACGUCACAAGUUUGACCAGGCGGUAAUACUAAGCAUGUGCUAAUUAUUUUGGGAAGCGAGUUUGACCCGGCAGUAAUUCAUACUAUAUGCCCUGCGGCAAUUCAAGGAAAUACGCUAUCUCCUUUUCUUGUGUGUACAGACCAUCACUCACUUUCUUCCUUCCCAUGGUUGGAAAAAACUAAGUUCUUGCCCCUCUAGCUUCAUAAGCUAAUGCUAGCGAGUAAGACCGGAUGUUUUGAUGUGGCUCUUACAGGGUUCACUCUGAAAAUUCGCCACGCCAACUUUUGGCGGGGAUGUUCCGAAUUUAAAUAUUUGCUUGCACCUGAAAGCAUGACAAUUUUCUCAAAACACUGUUAAUUGAGGCACUGCUGUACUUCCGUACCCAGGAUGAUGUUCCUGUUACGGCGCCAUUGCUGGUCUUUUUUUUUUGUUUGUUUGUUUCAAGGUGCUGUUUGAAUCCAAACUUUCAACUACUGCGCAUCACUUGUAUGUUUGGAGCAACGACAAACAUGUCUUCCUCUUGCUUGGGUAUCACUUUGCACUCUUGGGUUUUCAGAUCUCCCUGUGACAAUUGUAUCUUGGUUAGGGUGCCGCGUUGAGGGAAAAAAAUGGCGAAACUAAAUAGAGGUGGUGGUCAAAACUAAAUGUACAUUUGGACAGUUGCUUGUUUUGUUUACACCGUGCGACUCUAAUAUUUCCCCCCUGCUGUUUGUUUCAUCUGCUUUUUUGCGUCUUGUCCUCAUUGUCUGUGUUGUCCCGUGCAUGUUUCUAUGUGUGUGUGUGUGUGUGUGUGUGUGUGUGUGUGUGUGUGUGUGUGUGUGUGUGUGUGUGUGUGCGUGUUUAUGUUGCUCUCGACC